CAGAAUCAUCAUCUCACACCACGAGGUGAUGAUGGGAUACCUGAUCAUGGCGGCUCUGCUCCUUGUCCUGGUGGCCGCCAUUGUUGUCAUGGCGUUCGCGCUGUGUCGUCUGAAUGGACGGCCGCAAACCAUCGAGACGGACAUCGAGAAAGCGAUGAUCUCUCUCGCCCCAUCUCUGCAAGACGGCAAGCUAAAACGCCAUACUCCAGAUGGAGAUGACGACAACCAGACCACUCCCAGCACCCCCAUGCAGACCCUUGCCCGUCAUCACUCCCGUGAUGCCUUGUGCGCGGACACCGCUCUGCGCCAACAGCAGGCACAUGACGAGGGGCGCCGAAGUCCUGAGGAACAGUUUGCCUGAAGCACCUCUUAACGGGCUUCACAUUAGGACCAUCUCGAUCUUGACAAGCAGUCCAUAUUAAAGUUUAGAUAUAAAUUCUGAAAAUAUUUACAGAGAGCUGAUGUUAUUUACAAUCACCUAUAUGCUAUUUUUGGUGAGUGUCAGUUCGGUAUCGUUCCUACCAGUCUUGUCGCAUUUUACCGUAAUGGUUAUAGAUUACAUGUAUACAUGGCAAAGAUGUCAUAUUUUGAUAAAGUCCGACCCCUUUUGUAAUAGCGUUUGAAAGAAGAAGGAUUACAGCA